UGUGUGUGUGUGUGUGUGAGAGAGAGAGAGUGGGAGGUACAGUGCUCAGUGAGAGUGUGUCUGUCUGCCUGAUGUGUGAACAUGUGCCUGGAGUGUGGAGACUGUUGGGUGUUUACAGCUGUAACAGCUCAGAAUCAUGACAAACACCUUCAGAUUACAGCCCACAGACUGGACUUCAAAAGACACUGUCUCCUUCACACGGCAGCCUCCGCUGUCGGUGCUGAUUAUUGGUUAAUGGUUGGCUCUCAGCCAGAGACCCCAUUGGGAUUAUCAGUGUAUACUUGAAGUAAGCUAAGAACAAAACAAAUCAGUAAGAAAAUUAGAAAAUGUGGAAUUCUAAGAUGGCUGUCGCUGCUCUGUCAAGUAUAAUCACAUCGUUCAUGUCUUCCUUCUGUUCUUUAUUUCACACCUGGGCUGUUUGUAUAUAUGUAUGUAUAUAUAUGUUUCUCUGGGUGAUGGUGACCUGUUUUAUGAGGGACAUUUAAAGUUUCAUUUCAUAGCUGUCGUUCUUCCACAAAGACAAUUCCUGAUCAACCUUCAAGUGGAAAAUCCUCAUUAUUUUCAAAGCUCAUUAUGUAUCCUUAACCCCUGAGUUUUUUAAGCUUCUUGAUAACAGGUCACAUCAAAUACCUAAACCUUUGGCAUGUAGAGUUUGUUUAGUUGUGAAUCAGUAUAAAAUAAGUAGUUCUUUAUUUAUUUUAUACCGUUGUUCUCCAGAUCAUCUGUAUCUCCUGGCAGUAGUUAUGAAGCUUUAGAAAAGAAAGUGACUUCAGACUUUAGCAUUUUAGGUACAGCAUUUCUGUACCUUAUUCUCUUUCGUCCUCACACGUCAUCAAUAUAAUUUUUUUCUGUUCAAUAAUCAACCUCUGGAGCAUCUCAACCGUUGCACGCCUGCGUGCUGACAGAAGGAAGUCUGCCGUGUCACCCUGGUGGAAGUGGCUGCGUGUUGAUCUUUUCUAAUGGCUGCCCCUCACUAAUACCCACGUGUGCCUGGUGGCGGAGGCACUUUGUGCUCAAUUACGAGGCGUUGGAGACGACACGACACAGCGGCAUGCUUCCCUCUGGGGUCACCACUUUCCCAUAUCAACACAAGCAUUGGGUCAUAGUAGCCCAGCUAUACGACUCCCCCACACUCUCACCCCCACCGGUGCCACCGCAGCCCCUCCACACCCUCCACCCUCGGGCUCUUUCUCUCGCAGUCUAUUCCUCCACCUGCUCCCCGGAGACACACUCAUUGUCCCCACGGCUAUAAACACUUCAUUGAGCAUGUGGCAGCCCUGCGUUCCUCAAAGCCCUUCCCAGCGCUCCCAUUGGCUCAGGGACUGUGAGAAACUCCAACAAGCCCAAGACCCACACAUUCAUAUGGAGAUUUGUGAGUAUAAAUACAGGGCAGGGGCAGAGAGGAAGGCAGCUCAGACUCAACUGGCUCUUCUACCCGAGCAGGACCUCUCUGACACUACAGCUAUGGCACCGAUCGUCUAUGGACAAACAAGCUACUCCAAGGAGCACCUCACUCCUGCACAUAAGCUGAGAAAACCAAUGGUGGAGAAACUGCGCAGAGACCGCAUCAACACCAGCAUCGAGCAGCUGAAGGCCCUGCUGGGUCCAGAGUUUCUCAAGCAACAGCCAGACUCCAAGCAGGAGAAGGCUGACAUUCUAGAGAUGGCUGUGUCAUACCUGAAGAAAUGGCAACAACAGAAGCAGCAGCAGCGUGUCAGCUUCACCCCUGGCAUGAAGUCACCCAGUGAUGGCUACACCCACUGUGUGCAGGAGGCCCUCACCUUCCUGUCUCACUGUGAGGUCCAAACCCAGGCUCACAGACGUCUGAUCAGUCACUUCCAGGGCCUCCAGGCGUCUGGCAGCAGCAGCAGCAGCAGCAGCAGCUCCUCUCCUCCUGGUUCUCCUCUCCAUCACCUCAGCUCCAGCACUAAAGGCAUGAGCCCGGCUGGAUGUGGUCUGUGGAGACCCUGGUAGAAAUGGAGCUAAACGCUGAAAGACUCAGAACUACGUCUGUGAAGGUCAUGGACCAAAGUUGUCGGACUCAAUGGAGUCUAUUAUUAUGGUUGGAGAGAAUCCUCACUUUUGUUGAGGUUCUGGUUUAGAGUGUGCAGAGGUGGGCUGAGUGGAAGAACUCCAGUUCCUCUGAAUAUGUACACCAGGUGUACACACUUGAUUCGAUAAGUGAUUUGGAGCAAGUAUUUGUAAAAUCUUCCUUUUGGAAGAAUUCUGUUUGUUUUACAAACGUUACUAGGUGUAAAAACCCACAUUGGGUGUGAAGUGUUAUCAUGUCUGAGACAUUGUUUGACUAAAGUGUUUGAACCACUGUUUAUCUGUGAUACUGUGUAUCACUCGCUGAUGUGUUUCUUCAGUGGCUGUAACCAGCUCAAACUAAAUGGAUCCCAUGGAUCCAGACUUCCUGUAAAUCUUGUUAUGAUUGUGUUCUACCGUGACCAUCACCGUGGCCAUUGUGUUCCUCCUGAUGUCCUUACAUGUUAACUGAUGUAUUUUUCCAUCUUGAUGUGAAUGCCUUUUGUAAAGGAGUCUAUGUUUUCUGCAAUCUUUGUUCAAAGAAAGCUGUUGAAUUGCUUCCAUUGGAAGUUUGCCUUCGAACGUUUCAAACAAAAUAA